AUGGCGUACUCCGUGGAUAUCACCCCAAACUUGCUGUCAGUUCAAUAUGUAAAUGGGGCAGAUGCCACACUCUUGGUUUCUAAAAACGUAUGCCGCUUUCGCUUACAGGCGUCAACCAUGGAGGCACUUUGGAUUCUUGCCGACGAGCUUCAACGACGACUUUGUGCACAGUAUGGCUCCACAGUACAAUUCACUGUCCCAGAUCCACUUCCACUGGCGGACUAUUACAACGUCAUUGAUACCCACGUUGCUGUGAGGAAGGAACUGAUAGAGGCACAAGAGGCAUUAUCGCGUGCGGCACAGAUGUUUCGCGCCGUCCAAAAACGUCUGCUAUUCCUCUUCCGGGAACGCAAUCCUGCACCAGUGGGCAUGAUGGAUGUUCUACUUGAAGAGAGCUACGCGAAUCUUCAGAGAUGCGCAGACGGUGUAAGUAGGGCGAAACCGCGACAGAAACAGGCAGCGGCUAUGAUGUCGUCUUGUUCCAGGCUUAUUCUCUUGCAGCUGUUCAUCAAGUGCCAGGAGACGUUUAAGGAUCCCAAGAUGAGGCAUCUUUUAGAGUCUAUCUUCACUUGCGCCAUUAACGACGAUGACGGUGUUAGUUGGGAGGAACUGACAGACGCAAGUCUGGCCCAUAUCCUGCAGUCUUGCGGCGGAGGAGACCGUGCUGUCGCGGGAAAGGGAGGCGCAACCACUCUACCCGAUGCAAUCUGCGGCAGCCGUGACUGUGAUCGCCUAAAGAAGCGCAUUUCUGCAUUGUUUGAUGAGCUUCUUAGUGGGUCACAGAUAUCGAUUUCGUAG